AGCUUCAAACAGUGGCAUACGACCACCAACAAGCAGCGGCAAGCAGCACGCACACCACGACGGCGACGAGGAACAGCACGUUCGGGACCACUGGACACGUGCACGCGCAUCGACGAGCGCUUUAACGGCCCUUGACGACCUACACACCCACCCCUCCUCCUCACCCCUCACCCCCGCCCCGCCAACACCCAUGUCCACCUCGAGGACAGUCGCUUCGGCCAGCCGCGCCGUGCGCGCCGCGACACGGAGACCAGAGGCCCGCCUCUACUCGGCCGCCGCAGCCGCCGAGGUGUCCGAGCCCUCUGCGCCGCUCUCCUCCCCCUCCACCGCUCCCCUCCCCCACCUCCCCCGCUCCACCUACCGCCGGCACGCGGUCGAGACGACGCCGGCAAAGGCGCAGGCGUACCUGUCCGACCUGCUCACGCUGCCGCCGAGCGCGGCGUUCCCGCCAGCGCUCGCGCUCCAGAUCCUCACGCACAAGAGCUACCGCUUCGCGCACCGCAUCGCCCACGCGCCGCCCUACACGCCCGACGAGAUUGCCCAGAGCCAGGCAAGCCACAACGAGCGGCUGUCGUUCCUCGGCCGCCGCGCACUCCAGGCCUACACGGGCAUGUUUGUCCACUCGGCGCUGCCGUCGUCGAGCGCCGCGCGCGCGAGCCCGUUCUUCGCCGCCGAGGCGCUCGAGGGGCGUCUCGAGGACCUCAUCCACCCCACCGAGCUCGGCAAGACGGUCGGCAACAGGUGGGGCCUGGACAACGUGAUGCGAUGGGACCGUGUUGUUGACGAAGGCCGCCGCCAGGGCGGCGCACGCAAGAUCCGCGGCCUGACCGUCGAGGCCAUCCUCGGCGGCGUCUUCACCCACCUCGGGUCGGCGGCCGCACAACGCGCCUUCUACCUGCACGUGCUGCCCGCGCUGGCCGGCCAGCUCGAGGACCCGGUGCUCAAGCAGGCCGCCAAGAAGCUCGAGACGAGCGCACAGUCGGCGGGCGGCGUCGCGCCAAAGUAAUUGUACGGCAGCUCGGCUCAUGGCACACCGUCCGUAGUUUCAGCAGCACUGCUCAUUGCAUCGAUCGCAUGUAUUGCAUUCCGGGAGUU